AUGGCGGAUACGAGCAACAGCUAUGAUGCCAAGUGCAAGCAGUGUGGGUGCAUGCUGCUGGCGGCGGGCGACGGGAGUCUGACUCGGCUCGAGACGACCUUGCCCGAUGCCGAGGCCGAGGACGGCGUGGUGGCGGUGGCGAACGGCGUUCGUCUGGAUGAUGUCAUGGGCUUCUUCAACAUCGGUGUCUCAAACACCCUCACACAAGCUCACGGAGUUGAUGACCAUGAUCCGCCUGUCUCUCGCUUCCUUGUCUGCCCGGACUGCCCCACUCCCGUCGCAAAGAUCGUCGGCUUUAUCGUCGCUGAGGCUGAUCAUGCCGCCAAGGGCUGCUGGAUCUUUGAGGAGCGCAUUGCUGGACCCUCGGCGGAGCCCACAGCCUCGGCCGAGUCCACAGCCUCGGCUGAUCCCUAAGCUGCCGAUCCAUCGUCGUAGCCCUCUGGAAACAGCUGCUGUCGUGCAGAACUCUCUCGUGAGACUGCACACUCUCUGCCGUCCACAUCAGCGCAGGCUGCGCAAGUCAUCUCCUCUUGUAGUGCCACCCCAAACUCUGGCCGAUCACAUCUC